AUGGCGGACGAACCGGACAAGGACAACCUAAACCAAGAACCGGUUGAGUCCAGCGCCGCCGCGUCCUCCUCGCCCUCCGCCAAUGGGGAGCCGCGCACUGCGUCCUGCUCCUCGCCCUCCGCCAGUGGGGCGCCCCGCACCGCGGCAGCCGAUGCCGGAGAGGAUGAGCUCUCCUCUCGGCCACCUCCCGCUACCCUGCGCGUCGGAAGCUGCACCACCCUGCUGCAAAUCCGCGAGAAGCCCGGAGACGGAGACGGAAGCAGCGGUGGCACGGGCGGGCCGAGCUCCGCGGCGGCGGCGGCGGCGUACCAAAAGGGCAAGAAUCUCGCAAUUUACUCCCCGCCACACCCCUGUUCGAGCUCUGGCAGCAGUUCUUCCUGCGGGGCCGAGGUCGACUCAUCUGUCUCCAGGAACGCAGUUAGUCGAUGGGAGGAUACAGAGAAGCAGAGUUUUGGAAGAAAAGAAAGGAGGAUAACUGGUGCAUAUGUGAAUUGGCAGACGAUUCCAAUGAAUGAAGCUCUUGAGCAUUAUUACAGUGAUCCAGUUGAUCAGUCUAUGUCAGGACAGGGUUAUUUGAAUGUGAUGAACCUUCAGGAGGCCUACUCAGAAUUUAGGCCAGUCCGUGGAGAUGGAGAUUGUUUCUACAGGAGCUUCAUAUUUUCCUACCUUGAGCAAGUUCUUGAUAGGCAGGAUACAUGUGAGGAGGACCGUGUCCUUGAUGUCAUUGAAAGAGUAGCUAGUAGAUAUGCACAUCUGACAUGGACCUCCAGAUUUUCUGUGAGCCGCAAAGUAAGCUCCGGCCUUCUACAUAUUUGUUUUUUCUCUCAGAUAAACAUGUUCGUAAGGGAUGAUUCUCUUCAAGUUGCACUAUACUUGAUUAACUGAAGCUGGAUCUUGCAUCUCACUAUCUCUGUUUUACCGUUUGCAGGACCUAAACACUAUUGGCGUGCCAUCAGUCUUAAACCUUGUACUUUAACAACCAAUUGUACAUAAUGCACUGUAAAAUAUGUUUAUGCAGAUCAACGCCACUAAUGAGACAACAUAAUCUAGAAGAAUAUUAUUAUAUGCAUUAUUAAAUAUUGGUAUGACACACAUGUGCUGUUUCUUAUGGUGAAACCAUAUUAUUAUGGUAUUACUGUAGUAGAUGAUCAACAACUGAAGCUUCCAAGGCAAGAUAACCUAGUUGUAUUUGUGCAUAUUUGUUUAUCCUUCAUUGUUUAAUAAUAUCUUGUAAGCAUAUCGUAACUGCUAGUUGAACUCCUUUGUGGGUGCAAACUACCAGCUGUUAGUGAUUAUCAAAUGUGACUUAUCUGAGUCAUUGCUUCUUUCAGGCAUUUGAGAAGCUGAUAAAAAACGUAAUGAAAUGGAAGAGACAGAGGGAUACCUCAGCGUCAAGUAGCAGCUAUUGUGAGGAUAAACUUCUGGAGUUCUUCAACUCGGACACAAUAAUGCAACCAAUUUUUGUUUUUCUCAGAUUAGUAGCAGCUGUCUGGAUAUGCUCGCACAGUGACUACUUCGAGCCUUUAAUAGCUGAUCUGGGAGAAACUUAUAAUCUGCAAGAUUGGUGCUUUCAAAAUGUCAUUCCAUGUGGUGAGUGGGCAGAUCAUCUUGCAGUAAUGGCUUUGGCAACAGCCCUAGAGAUACCACUGAGAGUGAAGCAUCUGAAUGGUGGACCUGCUCAAGAUAUCUACACUGGUCAGGGAGUUCCUGCUGUUCAUGUGAUCUUGUUAUUAUACUCGGGGAAUUAUCAUGACAUCAUCUAUCCAGUCCGUUCAUCUUCUGAGACACUGUCAGUGCCCGGCACAACAAGUGAUUCCCAGUGCCAGUCCUACGAGGAAGUCGGGACAGCAUCGCUGCCCAGCGCGGCACGCGGCCUCACAUGCCAGGCGCUGCCAGGCACAGCAGGCGCUGUCCCGAUGCUAAUCCGCAGUCUGGCAUGAAAAUUCUGAGGAAGAGCUGGAGGGGCUUCGGCUACUUCUGCAACAGGGAAGUGUCACAGUUGCACUGGACAUGGAAUUUAUGAGUACAGCAGGGAACCAAGUUCGCCCAGGAACAAUGACUAAGUGGUAUAGCAAUGUUUGCGAUUUGGUCAAUGGAGGGAAUGUUCUUGUUAGAGUACGUAAUGGGCCUAAUGGGCCCGUUAGUCUUAGGGUUAAUUAGAGAUAAGAGUCGCUUGCUUAGGGGUCAAGUAAGCCUUGCUUGGGAGUCAAGUAAACCUCUCUAUAUAAAGAGAGGAGAUGUAUCAAUCUAAUCAAGCAAGAAUUAAGAAGGAAAUCCCUUCCCUCUUGCCCGGCCGUGGGCAAAAAGGCCCCCGGCCGGCCCUCUCGCGCCCUCCUUCUAGCAGCGCCAUAACAGUUCUUCAACUAGGGCUGGCCAUUUCUCUUGAUACCGACUCCCCCCCUGAAGCAGUUCGUGUGAAUGAGAUAAAUCUGCAGGUUGAUGUCAAUAGCCGGCCGUACAACAAAGGCACUAUCAAGUUUCUAACCAAUCAAAAACAUAAUCUUGACGCCCACAACACUGGUGGGGUCCCUCCCGCACAGCUAGCGGAUUGGUUACUGAAUGAGUUUGAUAGGUUUUAUGACCGGGAGGUGACCUGGGUUUUCUUCCAGGGAGAUUAUGAUGUCGCCUUUCUGUUAAAUCUGGUCGGAAAUUUCAUGCCAGCUACCCUGGUUGAACAUAUGAGGAGGUAUACCUGCUCUCUACCGCAACUCUAUGAUGUUCGGGUAUUGUCGAGGAUUCUAUUUGGUAAAGAUGCAGGCAGUCUUGACUGGCUGGCAGAUAAGAUCAACGUGCAGCGGACCGGCAACAGGCACUCAAGUGGAUCGGAUGCCCUCCUUACACUGGACUGUUUUUUUGAGCUGAGGAGGCGUCUCGGAAUUGACAGCAUACGACCAUUGAGGGGGGUUCUCUGUGGAUUAUAUGAUGUCGAUCACAUCAUCAGUAAAGCCCUCCCCAUGGGACAUGCCAAUCUUCUGGAAAUCGAGGUUUGGCGUGACAAUUUUGAUGGAGAAGCAUCUGUUAUUGCACAAGCAGUGCAAAGCAACUACUAUAUUGUGGGAGUAGAUGUUUGCUUUAGUCCAGCACUAGGUCACAGGCUCUUCCAUGAACAUUUGCAAGGUUGUUUUGAGCUCAUGGUUGAGGCACUCACUGCUGUGGGACACUAUGAAAUCUCGCUAGCUCUUGUCAGCUACACUGGGCAACUUCCAAAGGGAAGGUGGUGGAGAUUCCACGUAUCUGAGUGCAUUAACACUGAUGCCGCCCGGUACAUUCACUUUCCAAGAUUUGUUGAACUCCUUCACAGAUGCAGCCUGAUUAAUGAUGAAAGAAUAAUAUGGGCCACCUAUGAGGGAGCAGAAUGCAUUGCAAGCCUCUGUCGUAUGGUGCAGCGCAGAGGCACCCAAACAGGUAUACCAUUGACAGUGUGUGGGUACCUACAGUGUCGGAGCUCCAUAUUCCCUUCACUAUAUGAUAUUGGUCUGCUGGUGUCUUGGGAAAAAGGAAAUGCUUUGGCUGACAUUGCUCGUCGAUUGGGCUUGUCUGUCCCUGGCAACCAGUCUGGCUGGAAUGCUGUUUUGAGUGCGCAGGUUAUGGUUCGGCUGAGAGAACAAUUGGAGGAGUCGGAUGCCCUUCUCCUGGCCUAUAAAGAUCACCACGGGAAACUGUUAGCCAGAUGCUGUCCGAGUUUCCACUUGCACCACUGAGGAAGAGCAUUCAAUGUUUAGUGGGGUGCAUUACACAAUACACAUAGCUUGAUGAAGUAGGUAGGUGUAUACUUGUGCAUUGCUGUGCUAGAAAUUGGAUUGAUCUGUAGGUGUAUACUUGUGCAUUAAUGUGGUAGAAAUUCAGAGCAUCUGUAGGUCCUGCUUGUGCCCGGACCAGCAUGAUUUUUUGUUUCUUAAAUGAAUCUGCAAGAAGUUGUAUUCUGGUUGGUGAUGAAAAUGAAAAUGAAAAGUGGCUGUGGCAACAAAUAGUAAAGAGGGAAUAUUUUGGCCAUUGCUUCUUUAAGGAAACCGGUUAUUACUAGUCUUGAUUAUGUUAUUUCCCUGGAUGUUGCUGUUUUCCUUCAUACUACCAUUUUAACAACAGUUGUGUGAUUAUGCUAUCUGCUUGAUAAAUUGUCAGGAUUGCUGCAAUUUUUCCUGUAGCAAACAUGUUGUAAUGUCACUUUCAAGAAGCUGUGGGAAACCAUCAUUAGUCUAUUCAAAUUUUUGCUGUAGCAAACAUGUUGUAAUGUCACUUUCAAGAAGCUGUGGGAAACCAUCAUUAGUCUAUUC